CACGGCUCUCAAUCAGCUGAGGCUGUUGUGUAACAGAAAGGAGUCUGGCACCGAUCUCGACCAAAUUAAACUACGCCGUAGGGGCCAGGCGAGACGACAGUGCAGUUGGAAAGUACAACGAGUUAAAGCGGGUUGUGAAGGUUCAAAAUCAGUAAAUAUGGCAGCAACAAGAACUCUCCUCCGCUCUCUGUACCUGAGAUCAUCGCCUCAGCUCUUGUCUAGGGCCCAGAGCUCUGUUGCAGCGCCUCAGCCCCAUGCAACGACUUCGGAAAAAUCUUCAGCACCAAAAGCCAAAUUCGAUUGGCGGGAUGCCUUGAACCUGGAGAGCCAGCUGACCGAGGAUGAGAUUAUGAUUAGAGAUGCUUUCUAUGCGUACUGCCAGGAAAAACUUAUGCCGAGAAUCAUCCUAGCCAACAGAAAUGAAACCUUCGACAGAGAGAUCAUGAGUGAAAUGGGAGACAUGGGUGUGCUCGGACCCACUAUCCACGGCUAUGGGUGUCCUGGUGUUUCGUCCGUCGCUUAUGGUCUCAUUGCACGCGAGGUGGAGAGAGUCGACUCUGCUUAUAGGUCAGCAAUGUCCGUGCAGUCGUCCCUUGUCAUGUAUCCCAUCUGGGACUUUGGCACAGAGGAGCAGAGAUUAAAAUACCUCCCCAAGCUCGCCAGAGGAGAAAUCGUUGGUUGCUUUGGACUGACUGAGCCCAACCAUGGCAGCGAUCCAGCUGGUAUGGAGACACGAGCAAAAUACGUUCCCUCGGACAAAGUCUACAUUCUGAAUGGCUCAAAAACAUGGAUCACCAUCCCCAUCGCUGACAUCGCCGUGGUUUGGGCCAAGUGCGAAGACGGUCACAUUCGCGGAUUCAUCUUGGAGAAGGGAAUGGCCGGCCUCACCUGCCCCAAGAUCCAGGGGAAGUUCUCGCUCCGUGCCUCCCACACGGGCAUGAUCCUGAUGGAUGAUGUGGUGGUGCCGGAAGAGAACAUGCUGCCUGGAGUUAAAGGACUGAAGGGUCCAUUCAGCUGCCUCAACAAUGCACGUUAUGGCAUCGCUUGGGGUGCCCUUGGAGCUGCGGAGUUCUGCUUGGAUGCUGCGCGGCAAUACACCCUAGACCGAAAGCAGUUUGGACGACCACUUGCAAACAACCAGUUGAUUCAGAAGAAGAUGGCUGAUGCACUGACCGAGAUCUCUCUGGGCUUGCAAGGGUGUCUGCAGGUUGGCCGUCUCAAGGACGAAGGAAAGGCUACCCCAGAGAUGAUCAGUUUGCUGAAGAGGAACUCCUGCGGAAAGGCCCUUGAUAUUGCGCGUCAGACCAGAGACAUGCUCGGUGGCAAUGGCAUCUCUGAUGAAUAUCAUAUUAUCCGCCAUGUAAUGAAUCUCGAAGCUGUGAACACAUAUGAAGGAACACACGACAUUCACGCACUCAUCCUCGGCCGUGCCAUCACUGGACUUCAAGCCUUCAGUGGAAAAUAGAAUUGUAGGGUUUUCACAAUAAUCAUGGUGCCUAUCUGGGGUAUAGUCUAUAUUUUUUCAUUGAAAAUGCACAAGGUAUAGAUUGUGAAAUUAAUGUUCCCUCAUUUUUAUUGUCUUCUAAGGGAGUGUAGAACAUAUAAGAUAGAUGUUAUUUUAAUUUUAAUGUAAAUAAGAUUUAUUCAAUGAGCAGCAUUAGAGCUCUGAAAGUAAAGUUUGCAAUUUUGGCAUUUUACAGAAAUAACUUGGUUAGUUAUUCUAACCCUGUCAUGCUAUAUCGUAGAUGAGAAUAGUAUGAAAAGGUUGUCUGUUUAUAAGAUAAAACAUCAGCAUUAUUGAUUAUUAAAUUUGUUACUUUUCUAUUAAUUGAAUUGACAAGAAUCAUGAAUCUCACAAAGAUAUAUACAGGCCUAGACCUGUAAUUGAGUGCUAUGCAUGAUUUUAUCCAUAUCAUUAUUACUGUUCUUGUUUUUUUUACACAUAUAUAAUGUAUGAGAGGGAGUUUAUCUUCAGAUUAUUUUUGUAUUAGCUAAUGUCUCUGUUGCAGCUUUUCAAAAAAUGUAUUGAUAGGGCCUUGUUAUAGAUUAUCCUUCUGUAUGUUAUCUUUGUGAAGGAUAUUGCAUGGUAGAAUGAGUGCUUCCAUGAAUAUCAUACUCAAUACGUGUGUCAACCUUUGUUUAUCACUAAAGAAAUAUAGAUUUGAAUAUAUGAAUUUCAUAUA